AUGAAAUUAAACCAAAGGCAAAAAAAAAUAACUUUAAUUUCCGCCAUAUCAUUUGUUUUGGUGCUUACCUUGGUAAUAUCUACUGUUUUGGUGGUCAACAUAAAUAAAGAAAAGGUCGCUCCGCGAGUUCCCGAGCAAACUGAUAAUUCAGAAUUAGUAAAAGCCAAAACUGAAACAGUUUCUUCACUGGAACAAAAAUUAAAAUCUAAAAAUAUUCAAAAUGAAUCUUUAUUACAAGAAUUAAAAAAUGAGCAUGCCCUAAAAUUGGGUGAAACUAGUUUAACAGAAUAUAUUAGAGGAGCAACUACUCCGGCAGAAUUAGAAAUUCGGAAAAAAAAAGUCUUGGCUGUCAUGGAAAAACUG